CGAUGAGAUCUGAUAAUUACGCGCAUGCACCCAUCCACUGUCAAAUUCCCAUCCCUACCUGAUGUGAUAGAUCACCUUCCAUCUCUCUCUCUAAAACCUUCUCUUCCCAUCUCUCUCAGAAUCUUAUUUCUUGCUCUCUGAAAAACUUCGUUGCCACAAAACAUUUCCUUUCCCGAAUCCAAAUUCUAUGAGUGGGGAGAGAGAGAUCCGUGAAGGCUGAAACUGGGACUGACACGGAAAUGGCGGUUAACCCUGCGUUAUUGAAGCUCUUACUCGCUCUCAUGGCCCUUUCUCUCUCUCUCUACAUCUUGGGUCCUCCCCUUUACUGGCACAUCGUAGAAGGAAUUGCCGCCUAUCGCCAUUCCUCUUGCCCUCCUUGCGUCUGCGAUUGCUCUUCCGAGCCUCUUCUAACCAUGCCUUCAGGGUUGAUCAACAUGUCGUUUGCAGAUUGUAGCAAACAUGAUCCUGAGAUGAGCGAAGACAUGGAGAAGAAUUUCACUGAUCUCUUGGCUGAGGAACUAAAGUUGCAAGAAGCUUUGGCAGUCGAGAACCAACAACACGCUGAUAUGGCCCUGUUAGAAGCCAAAAAGACGGCAUCCCAAUAUCAAAAGGAGGCAGACAAAUGCAAUUCAGGGAUGGAAACAUGUGAGGAAGCGAGAGAAAAAUCUGAGGCCACAUUACUCACCCAGAAGAAAUUAACAGCCAUGUGGGAAAUGCGGGCCCGUCAACUGGGAUGGAUGGCCAAGCAUGCAAAAUCGUAGACCCAGCCUUGUACAUCUGACCAUAUCUCGAGCUGUUGCAAAUUUCAGUCACCGCAAAUAAGGUGAUGGCUUUUGCUCUGAUACUUCUUAAGUGUUAUCUUGAGUUUUGUGUAAAUUUUCAGGCCACCCUUGAUUGGUUCCCUUUUAUGUGAUUCUUCUCUCCAAGGUAAUAUUUUUUAUUCAUUCUUCAUUCCUUUGGUGUUGAGUAGAACAGCUUAAUACUUUUCAAAUGUAAUCCUAUUUGAAAAUUUUGAAGAAGGCAGGUGACUGUUGCCUUUUGAAUUAGUAUGCAAGCAUUCCAAGCAGUUUUGGCCAUA